CAGCGUGGGGUGGCUCCCGGUGGCUUCGAGGUGCUGCGGUGCCGGCGGCUGCGUAUGGUUCGGGUCCGGUUCCGUGGCUCUGAGCAGCCAUCGGUUACUGAGAGCAGCCGGGGGGAGAAGGGCUUGAGGAUGGGAGCUGGAGAUGAGCUGGUACCGUGCGCUCGGAGGCCAGACCCCACCGAGUCCUGGGCUGAUCGUAGCAGCGUGGGCAGCAGGUGCAGAGGGGGGAUUCUGCCCCUCUGCUCUGCCCUGCUGAGUCUCCACCUGCAGUGUUGAGUCCAGUUCUAGAGUCCUCAGCACAGAGGGACGUGGACCUGCCGGCGGGGGGCCAGAGGAGGCCACAGCAAUGAUGUGAGGACUGGAAGCCUUCUGCUGUGAGGACUGACUGAGAGGGUUGGCCUUGUUCAGCCUGGAGAAGAGAAGGCUCCAGGGACACCUUCUGUGCUCCUUCAGUGCUUAAGAGAGGCCGGCUGCCUGUGUGUGUUAGUCACUCGGAGAGAAGGGAGCCAAACCUGUGUCUUAGUCAAUCAAAGGAUGAGUUGAAAAGUUAGUUUCUGGAGAAGAUCCCCCAAGACACUCUUGUGCAUGGAAAUAAGUGUGGCCAGGAGCACCACUGACACAGGAAAUGCCAGAGCUGGGAAGCAGAUGUGGACUCCUGAAAAGUUAAACAGGAAUGGACAGGACCUGCUGCCAGAGAUGCAAUGUUUUAUGGACUGCAACACACUUUUUGCAGAGUAAGCUUCUUCUGCUAAUUAUUUCUUGUCAUCUCACCUGCCUCCAAAAAGGGAUAUAUAGAUGUGAAGGAAGAAACCUCCAGGUGCUAUUGAUGUAUCUUCUCAUUAGUUCUGCAGUAGCUUGCCACCCAGCGACACGCAGUAUGGAACACCAACGGGUGUUAAAUGUCUUUAAUGCUCCGAGGCUGAGGUGGUAGCACAGUCAGUGCACCAGGUGCACUUCCUUCCAGAAAGCCAUGCAGUAGGAGCAGCACUUUGCCGCUUGACCACGUGCCGGGGGAACAGGCCACCUGGCUGCUGCCACCCCUGUCCAAGGCUGUGUUUUGUGGUUAGGCUUUAUCUUUUGGACAAAGUGCUGAGAGUGCCCAUACCUCAGAAGCAUGCUGUGACACCCCUGUGAGGUACAGGGAGCAUUGCCGUGUGCUGGUAGUUAUCCUCCUGUACACAAUAACUCGAUUUUGGGUCAUUAACCAGAGCCGCGGGCCCGGUGAGCACUGUGGUCAGGGUGCUCCCCUGCCUGGCUUCUGCCGGGGUUUUAGGGAUACACCGAGCACAGAAAGACGAAGGCCGCCUUCUGCUCAGGGAGAAAGAAAAUCACCUUUCGCCGCUUCCUCACGCUCCCUCCUUAUCUUUCUCCGCGCCACCAAGGUCGCGGGAACCGAGACCGCCACAGGGACAAGGGCUGGACCGGACUGCGAGUAGCGCGGCCCACGGUGGCGGCGCAUCCCGCAAGGGGGCGCCACUGUGCUCCCCAGCACCCUACCCCGACGUGACGCAGUGCUGCACGUCGUCCCUCAUUGGUCCCUCGCCGCCUCUCUCUAUCGGCUCCUCCCCCCCGGCCGUCGGUCAUUGGCGGGCUGCGGAAGGAGUGCACGCCCGUGGGCGGAGCGAGCGGUGUCCCCGCCCAGUGGCCCCGCUGCCCGGCGGAGCGGUGGGGUUGGGCGUGCGGUGGGGCUAUGGCGAGCGCGGAGCGGGGGCUUGGCGGGGCACUGCUGCUGCUCUCCUGCGCGCUGUUUCUGGGCUCGGCCCGCAGCGUCCACAUCAAGAAGGCGGAGGCGGCGGCAGCGCCCGGCGAGACGCUGCGGUACCUGCACUCUGCCGAACUGGGCCAAGCGCUGCAGGCGCUGGUGGACGCGGCCCCCCCGGGCCUGGCGCGACUCUUCAGCAUCGGUAAUUCGGUGGAGGGGCGGCCGCUGUGGGUGCUGCGUCUGACGGCGGGGCUGGGGCCGGAGCACGCCGAUGAGGAGCCCGGCGGCUUGGCCCUGCCCGGCCGGCCGCAGGUGAAGCUAGUGGGCAACAUGCACGGGGACGAGCCUCUGGCGCGGCCGCUGCUGCUCCGCUUGGCCCAGGAGCUGGUGCGGGGCUGGGCAAACGGUGAGGAGCGCAUCGGCCGCCUGCUCAACACCACCGACAUCUACCUGCUGCCCAGCCUCAACCCCGACGGCUUCGAGCGUGCCCGCGAAGGCGACUGCGGCGGCGGUGCUGAGGGCGGUAGGGAGAACAGUCGUGGCCGUGACCUCAACCGCAGCUUCCCCGACCAAUUCGGGGUCGCCGAGCCUAACUUGGAGCCCGUGCCCGAGGUGCAGGCCCUCAUCGCCUGGAUGCGCCGCAACAGGUUUCUGCUCUCUGGCAAUCUCCACGGGGGCUCAGUCGUCGCGAGCUACCCCUACGAUGACUCCCCCACGCAUAAGCCCUCAGGAAUUUACAGUAAAUCAGCUGACGACGAAGUGUUCAAAUAUUUGGCUAAAGCUUAUGCCUCAAAUCAUCCCAUAAUGAGAACUGGCAAACCCAAUUGCCCGGGUGAGGAGGGAGAGACCUUCCAAGAUGGUAUCACAAACGGUGCCCAGUGGUAUGAUGUAGAAGGUGGGAUGCAGGAUUACAACUAUGUGUGGGCCAACUGCUUUGAAAUCACAUUGGAGCUGUCCUGCUGCAAGUAUCCUCCGACCUCUGAGCUUCAGCAAGAGUGGGAGAACAACAGGGACUCUCUUCUUGCUUUCAUUGAGAAGGUCCACAUGGGUGUGAAAGGCUUUGUGAGGGAUGCAGUCAGUGAAGCUGGCCUGGAGAACGCCACCAUUGUUGUUGCUGGGAUCGCUCAUAACGUCACAGCAGGAAGAUUCGGCGAUUACCACCGGCUGCUUGUGCCUGGGACCUACAAUGUGACUGCAGUUAUGACGGGUUACUUACCAGUGACCAAAGAGAGCGUUGAGGUGAAGGAAGGAGAUGCAACUGAAGUGAAUUUCUCCUUGCAGCCAACUGUAAUGCUGUCAGCUCAUAACAUCACACAGGUCACAACCAUACCAGCUCCUGCCUCUACCAUCACCUCUAGCCCUGUGCAGGAAGAAGCUCCCAGCCCAACCUCUCUCCAUCAGCCCAUCCAACCUGUGGAGUUCCGGCACCACCAUUUCUCAGACAUGGAGAUCUUCCUGCGGCGCUAUGCCAACGAGUACCCCAGCAUCACCCGCCUCUACUCCGUGGGCAAGUCAGUGGAGCUGCGGGAGCUCUACGUGAUGGAGAUCUCUGACAAUCCUGGUGUCCACGAAGCAGGUGAGCCAGAGUUCAAGUACAUUGGUAACAUGCAUGGGAAUGAAGUUGUGGGUCGAGAACUUCUCCUGAACCUCAUCGAGUAUCUCUGCAAGAACUUUGGCACAGAUCCUGAAGUCACUGACCUGGUUGAGAACACACGGAUCCACAUCAUGCCUUCUAUGAACCCUGAUGGCUAUGAGAAGUCCCAGGAAGGAGACAGAGGAGGCACCGUUGGCAGAAACAACAGCAACAACUACGACCUGAACCGGAACUUCCCAGAUCAGUUCUUCCAAGUGGCAGACCCUCCACAGCCAGAAACUCUGGCUGUCAUGACCUGGUUGAAGACUUACCCCUUUGUGCUCUCAGCAAACCUGCAUGGAGGUUCUCUGGUGGUUAAUUACCCCUUUGAUGAUGAUGAACAGGGAGUAGCCAUAUACAGUAAAUCUCCAGAUGAUGCUGUGUUUCAGCAGCUGGCACUUUCCUACUCCAAGGAGAACACCAAGAUGUACCAGGGAAGCCCUUGUAAGGAUAUGUACCCCACUGAGUACUUCCCACACGGCAUCACUAAUGGUGCUCAGUGGUACAAUGUUCCAGGUGGGAUGCAAGACUGGAAUUACUUAAAUACAAACUGCUUCGAGGUGACCAUUGAGUUGGGCUGUGUGAAAUAUCCAAAAGCUGAGGAGCUGCCAAAGUACUGGGAGCAGAAUCGCCGCUCUCUCCUCCAGUUCAUGAAGCAGGUUCACCGUGGUGUCUGGGGGUUUGUGCUGGAUGCUACAGACAAAAGGGGCAUUCUCAACACCACCAUCAGCGUUGCUGACAUCGACCACCCUGUGACCACCUCUAAGGAUGGAGACUACUGGCGCCUCUUGGUCCCGGGGACAUACAAAAUCACAGCAUCUGCCCGAGGGUAUGAUCCAGUCACUAAGAUGGUGGAAGUUGGCAGCAAAGGUGGGGUGCAGGUCAACUUCACUCUUAAGCGGACAGACCUCAAAGUGGAGGAGGGGAAGAUGCCAGUCUUGAACACCCCAGACACCAGUGACCCCAACGAGAAGGAGUUUGAGACCCUGAUUAAAGAUCUGUCUGCUGAGAACGGCCUGGAGCGCCUCCUGCUCGCCUCCUCGGGGAACGUCUCUCCCUAUCGAUACCGCCCUUAUAAGGACCUCUCCGAGUUCCUCAGAGGCCUCUAUCUGAACUACCCACACAUCACAAACCUCACCAGUUUGGGUCAGAGCGUUGAGUUCCGUCAGAUCUGGUCCCUGGAAAUCUCCAACAAGCCCAACCAGUCUGAGCCUGAGGAGCCCAAGAUCCGCUUUGUUGCUGGUAUCCAUGGAAAUGCUCCUGUGGGCACAGAGCUGCUCCUGGCACUUGCAGAAUUUCUUUGCAUGAACUACAAGAAGAAUGCUGCUGUUACAAAGCUGAUUGACCGAACACGGAUCGUGAUUGUGCCUUCCCUGAACCCAGACGGACGCGAGGUCGCGCAGGAGCGAGGCUGCACCUCGAAGAUAGGCCAGACCAAUGCUCACGGCAAAGACCUGGACACAGACUUCACAAGCAAUUUCUCCCGGUACUCGGGGACACGAGAGCCUGAGACCAAAGCCAUCAUGGAGAACUUGAUAUUGAAGCGGGAUUUCAGCCUCUCAGUUGCACUGGAUGGAGGAUCUCUGCUUGUCACUUACCCAUAUGAUAAGCCAGUGCAGACAGUGGAGAACAAAGAAACACUGAAGCAUUUGGCAUCUCUGUAUGCAAACAACCAUCCAGUGAUGCAUUUGGGCCAGCCAGGCUGUCCAAAUAAAUCAGAUGAAAAUAUUCCUGGUGGCGUGAUCCGUGGCUCCGAGUGGCACAGUCACUUGGGAAGUAUGAAGGAUUUCAGCGUUGCCUUUGGUCAUUGUCCUGAGAUCACCGUUUACACCGGCUGCUGUUACUUCCCCAGCGCAGGACAGCUGCCCAGCCUGUGGGCAGACCACAGGAAAUCUCUUCUCAGCAUGCUCGUGGAGGUCCAUAAGGGAGUACAUGGCUUUGUCCAAGACAAGAGUGGCAAGCCAAUUUCUAAAGCUGUUGUCAUUCUUAACGAAGGCUUGAGGGUCUGCACUAAAGAAGGUGGCUAUUUCCAUGUGCUUCUGGCUCCAGGUCUGCAUAACAUUGACGUGACAGCUGAUGGGCACCAGCCAAAACAUGUUAAGGUCUUUGUACGUCCUGAUGCCCCCAGCUCCGUGCUCAUUGUGUUUGACACAGAAAACAGGAUCUUUGGUCUGCCGAGGGAGCUGGUUGUAACUGUUGCAGGUGCAAGUAUGUCUGCUCUGAUCCUUACAGCCUGCAUCAUCUGGUGUGUCUGCUCAAUUAAGUCCAACAGACACAAGGAUGGCUUCCACCGCCUCCGGCAGCACCACGACGAUUACGAGGACGAAAUCCGCAUGAUGGCCACUGGCUCCAAAAAGUCCCUCCUGAGCCAUGAAUUCCAGGAUGAAACAGACACUGAAGAAGAAACACUGUACUCCAGCAAACACUGACAAACCCUGGGGCAGGAGAGGAGGUUCCCAUGGACCAGACCCGGGUGGCGAGGGCGAUCCCUGUGGUUCAGUUCUGAAACGUUAGCUUGCAGGAUGCGUCCUCCAGAGGUGUGGGUGGCAGCUCCCAGCUUCCCUCUCUUUGCUCUAGGAUGUGCAAAUCAGUGGGGGUUGGAGACUGUGUUUAGGCUAAGGAUGUGGCAUCUUGCACUUUUUGGUCAAGAUCUGGAUGUUCACAUGAUACUGUUGGAAAGGCAACUUAACAGGUUGCCCGCAUUGUACCUAGCACUUCCCCAGCUUCUCAACACCAGUGAAGAGAUGGUGUGGAAGUGCCCCACGACCUGAAUGGAGUUGUACCAACAACACUCCAAAGCAGUUUCUCUACCUGUUUUGAUUUCUUGUUUCACCUGUUCUUGAUUUCUGUACCUGGGGGUAAGCCAGGUGGUUAACUUGACUCCAUGUUCUGCAGAGCAGCCCUUGGAAAAAGACCAAAAAGAAGAAGAAAAAAAAAAGAGAGCCAAAAAAAAUAAGUCCUUGGUCCUCAGCUGCUCCCUUGGAGCAUUUACCCUCUCUGAGGUGCUGUGGCCUGCUGUGAUCUGCUGUGGUUGUGGAACACCUCUGUGUUGCUAGUUCUGGGCAGCGACUUGGCAUCCUGAAAGCUGGGAGAUGACAUCCAUUCUUGAUGUGAGCCAGAGAAAGGAGCCAGUGCUGGGGCUUUAGUGAACUCUGACAAAGUUCAGCUGCUUGCCAGCUCUGCAGUACUGCUGCUCCUGACUUCUGAGGAAGAAAGAACCUUUAUCCUCAUCACCCCUGGUUGCUUUUUCUUUGCUUAGUGGACUUGGCCUUUGGGGUCUCACGUUAGUGUUACAGCAGCACAGUGUCUGUAAGGUCAACUGAAGAUUGUUCUGAGCAAAUGGACAGGCUGAUUGUGGUGGGUACUGUAAAAGCAAUUGGUUACAGACUCCACCUGACCAGCUUUGCUCAAGUCCUCCUCUAUUCAGGAGGAAAUGGUGAAAUCUGACUGCAUGAUUGGAGCAGCAGGGAGAGGCCCUGGGAGAAUCCAUGGCCCAACUUACUUCUUGGAUUUUGAAGAAAAGCUGCACUGUUUGCCAUUUAGAGAUCAGAGUACUUUGGAAACAACUUCUCAUCAAGCUCUGGUGGGUGUAGGCAUGAAGUUGGCCUGAUGGUGUGGCUAUGUUCUACUACAGCAUCCCUGAAGUAUGUAGCAAGAGCUCCACCUGCUUGUGUCUGCAGCUGUGUUUGCUGCUGCUGUGGGCAUGGGUGUGACGUGUGAGGGAGGGCUGAAGGAGACGGGAAAAGCAGCCAAAUUCUGGUUUGUAGCACUUGGCAGGAAAUUGGAAAGGGGAGCUAUAAUGUGCAGCCCCAAGACGUGGGAUUUGUGGGCAAUAGAAGGGAAGAAUGGCUGUGGGGUUUGAUUGAAAAACCUUUAUGCAUCUCUGAUGUUUCUGGUUGCAAGACUGGGGUUAGAGUAGGCACUUACGUUCUUUCUGCUCAUUUGCUUCAUUCAUUCUUUCACCACUGGCCUGAGCUCUGGGAUGCAGGAGCCUGGUGCAGCAGUGUCUUAGGCAUCAGGUUUGCCGUCAGCUGAUCUGUUCCUCAGCAGCCUAGGGAGGUGUACUAGUGAAACCUGCGUAUGGUGUCUGUGGGGAGGGUAUUUGUACCCAAAUGUAUGAUGGGGUCUGUUCUUCAGGGCUCUGACCUGAUCUGCUUGGAGGGAGCAGCACAGUGGGUUUCCUAUCAAAGGCUUUGUACCAUGUCAGCAGAGGAAGGAGCUGAUCUGGGCUUCUCUGUGAGGUAGAUGCCCGUUCAGAACCACGUGCCUGUUGCUGUGUUUAUGAUCUCAGCUGAUUUUGUGCAGCUAUUUGGAGGGACAAGGAUAACCCUUAGACACCAGUCUACUUUUCUUCCUGUUUCACAGGGAAUUCUAGUGCAAGAAAUGUGUUAAGAUCUUGCUGGGAACAGGGAGAUGAGGCUGAGCGUUACCCUUGCUCCUGUCCUGCAUCACUGGUGUGGAAGGAAGGGCUGCUUUCGUUGCCUCUGCUGUGCAGGAGCUCUGUGCCUGCUCCCAGCUCAUCCAACUGAGCUGGGAGUGGGCUUGGGCUUUCCAUGUGUAGUAGGCUGCAGCACACCAACAUGCAGUGGCAUUAACUCUGCCUCAUCUCCCAGCUUUUCCUACUUCGGAGAGCUUUACCAAGACGCAGCUUGGGUUUUAAAUUGGAGUUUGCAAAUAGCUCUUAAGACCCUCUCUGGGCUUUGUUUGCUCUGGAAGCAGGUAGCAGACUGAGCUGGCCUUGCUUUGUCCCGCUAGCAAUAAGCUGUGUUAGGAAUUGACCUCUUCCCUCUGAGAGUGCAUUAUGCAGGUGCAUAUUUUUAAGGUGAGUGGAUUUGAGACGUUUUGCAAUCGUGUGAGACUUUUCUACACUGCAGGACCGGGUGGGUGCUUGGCUCUUGCUCAGAGCUGCGGUCAGUCAGCGUUGGGGCUGUGUGGCGCCAGCGUGGACAGGGCAGGAGCCUCACCCGCUGUCUGUCUGUCCGUCCGGUCGUGGGACGAGGAGCGGGCCCCCCGCGGCCGCUCGUCCCUGGAGUCUGUCGGUCCGUGCACUGUGCCUUCAAAUGGACGUUUUUAAAAGGGACUCGAAUCGCCUUUUCCUGGAAGCGGGGUGGCGUGGCGGGGCCUGGCUCUGCCCGCAGUCGGGCCCCCUGUUUUUUAUCUGUAUACCGAGAUCAAAUAAUCUGUAUAAAACUAUUUUGAUGUCCA